ACAGCCUCACCAUGAAGCACAACUCUGCAGCGGUGCUCGGGGGGCUCAUGUGAGCGUGAGCGGCGAACGCUUUCUUCUCUGGCCACAAAUCUAUGUCAGUGCAAGAUUAUGAACGUUAGGUCACAGGUGCGUUUAUCCUGAGCUUUUGGGACGCAGAAAUGUAAAGAAAGAACAAAUGGCACCAGUCCAUUGGCUCCGUUAGCUACUCUGUCCGCAACAGGUCAAGACGCAGCACGCGGCGGAAUACGAACUGCGCUGUGCUGGGAAGAGGCUACAGCGGGCAAGAGGAUAAUAGAGUGUCAAUGCCCUCCCAGCUGCUUAUGGCCUGUAUUUUGCAGACAUGUCCACUAUUUCCUGUAAUACUUCUCCACACACUGGACAGGUCCCAGAGGUCAACUCUGCUGCUGGACUCCUCACUAAACAGGAAACUAGCGCCACCGCAUGUUUAACUGUCCACCUGUACCACGUAGGAAAGAGAGAGGGAGACAAAGCCGAGGACAACAAUGGAAGCAAGCUAUUGUUUCCAGCAGGAGAGUACGCAGCAGAGGAGCUGUGUGUUAUUGCAGCAAAAGCCUGUGGUAUUGCCCCAGUGUAUUGCAGUCUGUUCAGCUUGAUGAGAGAAAGUGACUGUAUUUGGUUUCCCCCUAAUCAUGUCUUCAAAGUUCACCCAUUGGCCAUAGAAUACUUGCAUUUCAGAAUUAGGUACUAUUUUCCAGGUUGGUUCAACACUGGGAAAGCCUCCUAUGCACAUCGCUAUGGCAUCUACAAAGGCUCUGAGAGCCCUGUUAUGGAUGACACAGUCAUGGCAUAUCAGUUUUUUCAAUGGCGCAGUGAUUACUUGAUCGGCCGGGUACAUGUGCCUGUGAGCCACGAGGCCCAGGAGGAGUGCCUGGGCAUGGCUGUGCUGGAUAUGAUGAGACUUGCUAAAGAGAGUGGUCAAUCCCCAGUGGACAUCUACAACUAUAACAGCUACAAAUCCUUCCUCCCCAGCUGCAUGAGAAACCGCAUUCAGGAGUACAAUAUCUUGACUCGAAAGAGAAUCCGCUAUCGCUUCCGGAAGUUCAUCCAGCAGUUCAGUGAAUGCAAGGCCACGCUAUGUAAUCUCAAACUCAAAUACCUGAUGAGCCUGGAGAUGCUGCUGCCCUCUCUCUACACUGAGCGCUUCACUGUCUCUGAUGUCUCCGCCCAUCAAGUCACCAUAGUUGUCAUGGGCAACAAGGGCAUCCAGUGGUCAAGAGUGAAAGAGGCCGAGGGUUCAGAUGAGGAGUUACAGACAUACUGUGACUUCCCAGAGGUGAUUGACAUCAGUAUCAAACAGGCCAAUAAGGAAGGCUCUGCAGAGAGUCGCAUAGUCACCCUCACCAGACAAGACAGCCAGACUCUUGAGCUGGAGUUCUACUCACUGUCAGAGGCCCUCUCAUUUGUGUCAUUAGUCGAUGGGUAUUACAGGCUUGUGACAGAUGCUCAUCAUUAUCUGUGUAAAGAGGUAGCACCCCCCAGACUUCUUGAAUGCAUUCAAAGCUACUGCCAUGGCCCUGUGUCAAUGGAGUUUACGAUCAGUAAGCUACGUCUAGGUGGAAAUCACCAAGGGCUAUACAUCUUACGGUGUAGUCCGAGAGACUAUGAUAAAUUCUUCAUGUCGUUUGUGGUUGGGUAUGAAACAAUGGUGGACUACAAGCACUGUCAAAUAGUGAAGACAGAGGCAGGGGAGUAUACCCUGAGUGGUGCCAAGAGAAGCUUUGGAUCUCUGAAGGAGCUAUUAAACUGCUACCAAAAGGAGGCGCUGCGUACAGAUGGUUACACCUUUCAGCUCACAAAGUGCUGUGCACCAAGCCCCAAAGAUAAGUCCAAUCUACUGGUGUGUAGAAACAGCCAAGGAGCUGAUGUUCCUCUGUCACCAUCACUACAAAAACACAACAUCAGCCAGAUGGUCUUUCACAAGAUCAGAAGAGAAGACCUUGUCAUUAGUAAGAGCUUGGGCCAAGGGACUUUCACCAAAAUUUUCUGUGGAGUUCGUAAGGAGCUGGGAGACUACGGAGAAGUUCAUAAAAUAGACGUUGUUAUUAAGAUCCUGGAUAAGGCUCAACGCAACUACUCAGAGUCAUUCUACGAAGCAGCCAGCAUGAUGAGUCAAUUGUCCCAUAAGCAUCUUCUCCUCAUCUAUGGUGUGUGCGUUUGUGGAGAUGAGAACAUGAUGGUACAGGAGUAUGGCAAGUUUGGCUCAUUGGAUAUCUACUUGAAAAAGAAUAAAAGCAGUGUGAAUAUUACCUGGAAGCUCGAGGUGGCCAAACAGCUGGCUUGGGCUAUGCAUUACCUGGAGAACAAGAGCCUCAUACAUGGAAACGUUUGUGCUAAAAAUGUUCUCUUGAUCCGAGAAGAGGAUAGGAAAUCAGGGAGUCUUCCCUUCAUCAAGCUGUCUGAUCCCGGGAUCAGUAUCACAGUGCUGGCCAAAGAAGUCCUAGUGGAACGUAUCCCAUGGGUGCCUCCAGAAUGCAUUGAAAACUCCCAGAAUCUCAGUUUGGCCACAGACAAGUGGGCAUUUGGGACCACUCUAUGGGAAAUUUGCAGUGGUGGGGAAAAACCUCUGAGCACUCUAGACAGCUUCAAGAAAAACCUGUUUUAUGAAGACAGACAUCAGCUGCCUGCACCAAAGUGGACAGAACUGGCCAAUCUCAUUAACAACUGCAUGGACUAUGAAGCUUCACACAGGCCAUCCUUCAAGGCAGUUAUCAGAGACCUUAACUCUCUCUUUACCCCAGACUAUGAACUGCUUGUGGAGAGUGACAUGGUGCCCAAUAGAACGCGAGCAUUUGGCUUUCCUUGGACUUGUGACAACCAGGAACCUGCCCAGUUUGAAGAAAGACACCUUAUUUUUCUCAAACAGCUGGGCAAAGGUAAUUUUGGCAGUGUGGAGAUGUGCAGGUAUGACCCAUUACAGGACAGCACAGGAGAAGUGGUAGCAGUGAAAAAACUGCAGCACAGCACAGCAGAACACCUGAGAGACUUUGAGCGGGAGAUAGACAUACUCAAAUCUCUCCAACAUGAGAAUAUCGUCAAAUAUAAAGGAGUCUGUUACAGUGCAGGUAGAAGAAAUCUCCGUCUUAUUAUGGAAUAUCUCCCUUAUGGAAGCCUGAGAGAUUACCUCAUCAAAAAUAAAGAUCACAUUGAUACCAACAAACUUCUGCACUAUGCCUCUCAAAUUUGCAAGGGUAUGGACUACCUUGCCAUGAAGCGCUACAUCCACAGAGAUCUGGCAACCCGAAAUAUCCUGGUUGAGAGUGAGAUGAGAGUAAAGAUUGGUGAUUUUGGACUCACAAAAAUGUUGCCGCAAGACAAAGAGUACUACACUGUCAGAGAACCUGGUGAAAGUCCCAUUUUCUGGUAUGCUCCAGAAUCACUGACACAAAGCAAGUUUUCUGUGGCAUCAGACGUGUGGAGCUUUGGCGUAGUUCUCUAUGAACUUUUUACCUACAGUGACAAGAACUGCAGUCCCCCAGCAGUAUUCAUGGAGAAAAUGGGAAAAGAAAAGCAAGGCCAGAUGAUUGUGUACCAUUUAAUAGAUUUGCUGAAUAAAGACUUCAGGCUGCCAGCUCCAGACAAUUGCCCCAAAGAGAUUCACAAAAUGAUGAUCGAGUGCUGGAGCAGUGACCCCACAAAGCGCCCUACAUUUAAGACUUUAAUGCACAAUGUAGAAAGUGUAAGAGACAGCAAUAAUCAUUGACCAACCUUUGGCCUUUAAGUGUGGAGAGCCUCGAGUCAGUUCAGGAUUUGUGAAUGUCACUGAUUGGACAGUUGAAGCAUUCAAGGAAAAGGGUGUCAAAAGUGGUAUGGUUUGACUAGUUAUUAUAUUACUUCAUUGUCUGACAAAUGUAAUGAAUAAAAUGGCUAAAAUAAUAUAGGUAUAAGGUAUAAGUGCAAAUAUUGUAAUAGAUAGGUUUAGUACUUUACCAUUUCUAUAUUUUCUUAAAAAAAAAAAAUUAAUAAAAAAUGUAAUUUAGUUGUGUGUCUAUGUAUUGUUGAAAUGUGAUAUGCAAAGUAAAUGUGAUGUGAUUUGAAGAGUGCCUGCAAAACAGCUGUGAAAAAUAUGUAAAUUAUUAGUGGGUGUUGCCAGUUAAACAACAUAACUUCUUUUGAAGUAACAGUAAUUUUGUUUAUUUGUACAUUUGUUUUAAAUAUCAGACAUUAGGCCAGAGGGAUUUCAGACACACAGUCAAGUGAAUGUAUGGCAGAUUUUGCUGGAAAAAUUAUAAGUUAAAAUGUUUUAAAAAGGUUUUGUGAAUAUACUGUAAAUAUAUUUUUGAGAUAUGCGUUAUAUAUUUGUACAAAUUUAGGGUCAUAAUGGUAUGUUAUUAUGAAGUGUAUGCUCAUUUAAAGUCCACUGUCUUACUUUCCAGGUGGAGAAUGUGUUACUUUACGCGAAUAAACUUGUCUAGCAUUCA